AUGUCGACUCCACGAACCAAGCGGCAAUUCGCAGGCUCUUCAGUAGACCCUUCGCAGCGCCAAAUCACAUCCUUCUUCGCAAGCAGGGCACCCGGCGACGCAGCCGGCGAACCGCAGCCGCAACCCCCCCGCCAGCCUCUGCUCCCAAGCAGCGUCCAGGCCAACCUGCUCAACGUGGGCAUGCGCGUGCGCAAGUCCGUCCCUGAGGGAUACAAGACCAGCGGCACAAGCGCGUUCAAGCUGUGGACGGACAACACCGUCCCGACAGCACCAGCCUCCCGGCCCGCGACGCAGACCACGCUGCGGGCCGCGUCCAAAGAACUCCUCCCCUUCUGCGGCAUCAACAAGGUCGGCGGCCUCGAUUCGCAGCCCGCGUUCGCCAGCGACUACUCCGACUCCGACUCCGACUCCUCCGUGCCCGAGGCCGACGACGUGCCGGAGCUGACCAUGUCGCAAGAGAGCGUGGACAGCAACGCCCCCGAGCUGUCGUCGCGGAAGCGAUGCUACAGCGACGACGAGCGGGCAGACUGCCCGACCCUGCUGGCGCUGCCGUCCAAGGGCUGGGACGACCAAGUCAGCCCGCGGAGCUUUGCGCCGUCGCAGUGGGGGGACUCGAGAGUCAUGGCCGUCCCGAGGACCCGUGUGAAGAAGCGCCCGUCGCUCAAGCACGUCGGUCAGGAGAAUGCGGCAGUGGACGGGGACUUUGGGGAGGCUGAUUUUCUCGUUUUUGGCGACACGCGCGACAUGGACUUGUCCUGA